AUGUCAUUGAUUGGCAAACUGCAUAGGAGAGUAAUUGAUCUGGGCUUGGUACCCAAAAUUGUGGCUGCUUUGCCGCUUCUUUCAAUGCUUUUCGCAGUAGUGAGCGUUGGUUGGUUGGCGUUGUUGCCCUUGGAGGGCCGUUACAGACGAACUUAUAUAUCUGAGAAUGCAUUACUACCCUCUCAGGCUUAUAGUUAUUUCCGAGAAACUGAAUGGAAUACUUUGAGGGGAUACCGUACUCAGAUUGAGAGGCUGGCGAACAGUACAAGCCGCGAGAGGAACGAAGAAGUUGCCGGCUGGUUACGUGAAUUUGGAGUUAAAACGGCUAUCUACCAGGAUGAGAAACAUGGGGAUACACUUUAUGGUGUACUACAUGCCCAGAGAGGAGAUGGAACAGAGGCAGUAAUCCUUGCUGCUCCCUGGACGAACGCGGACGGGAUGGUCAAUCUUAGUGGGGUCUCAAUUGGAAUUGCAUUGACCAGAUUCUUCUCUCGUUGGCCUGUUUGGUCUAAAAACAUUAUCGUUGUGUUAAGCGAGAAUCCCAAGGGAUCUAUGCGGUCCUGGGUCGAAGCAUACCACACAUCUCUAGAUUUGACUGGCGGUUCAAUUGAAGCGGCAGUAGUGUUGGAUUAUCCCGGAGUGAAUGAUUACUUUGAUCAUGUUGAGAUUCACUACGAUGGGUUGAAUGGGGAAGAACCCAAUCUGGAUCUAGUCAACAUAGCAAUAUCCAUUACUGAGCAUGAAGGAAUGAAAGUUUCACUACAUGGUGUUUCAUGCGACAAGAUAUCUGAUAACGAUUUCUGGUCGAGACUUCUGAUUAUGUUGACCGGCAUCAAGAAUGCUGCUUUGUCCGGAUUGCGUAAAGUUAAUGGUAACGAGGCCUUUAGUGGAUGGAGAAUACAGGCGGUGACACUCAAAGCGCACGGAACAGAAGGUAGACACGAUGUAACAACGUUUGGCCGUAUUCCAGAAGCUAUGUUCAGAUCUAUUAACAAUUUACUUGAAAAAUUCCAUCAAUCGUUUUUCUUUUACAUUUUAUUGGCUCCAAGAUACUUCGUCUCGAUAAGUAGCUAUUUGCCCUGCGCGGUGACACUUUCCAUCUCUUUUGCACUAGCAUCAUUAGAUGCUAUGAUCAACAACAAUUAUAAAAAGCUUCCCUUGUCGUCAACUUACAAUUUAUUGUCAUUAUCAAUGUGGUGCAUAAGUUUGCUAGGAUGCUUUGGAAUAGCUCAGUUGUUCCUAAGGUUUGAUGCACCUACUAUUUUGAUUUCAUUCAGUGCAUUGAUAUCAUUUUUGCCAUUACUACUCAAAAAGAAGAUAGCAGAACCACUCGCGUACAGGUUAAAAUCGGUUGCUUUCUUAUUUUUCAGCUUAGUUCUCACAUCCUUACUAAUGGUGAACUUCUUCCUGGCUUUCGCGAUGGGUCUUACCGCCUUCCCCAUGACAUUAGUGAGAACAUCCUCCUUAAACAACUACAGCCUACGCAUCAAAUUGAAAAAUAGCAUACUGCUACUACUGUCCAACCCCUUCAUUGCCUCAUAUAUCUUUUGCCAAUGCUUUGAACCAGACUUACCAGGGUUUACUGUAUUCACAGAGUUUGCAACUGCCUGGAAAGAGCUAGGUUGUUGGACCUGGUUUGUUAUUUGCAUCGGGUGGCUUCCAAGUUGGUUAAUGGUAGCCCUAUCAACACUAAACACACAACCAGCACAAUUAGACGACCGAAAGAAGAAGUUUCAGUGA